CCUCUGACCAAAGGAAAGGGUUGUAAAUUUCUCCUCGUCUCUCUCUCUCUAGUUCACUUACAAGCUGUUUGUUUGGACGUACGAACAAACAAAAAGAAAGGAUCGCCACAGUGGGUGGUGGUGGAUCGAUCGAGUUGAAGGGGCAAUUCCAGUCCAGAGGAGCCAAUUGAUCGCGACAGACGAUCCAAAAAUCCCGCGUUUACUCGCUUCGAAAGGAGAGCGACGAAGAUCAUCGCGUUAAGGGCGCCCAAGAGAAAAGGAGAAGGAAAAGAAAUAAAAAGAGGAGAGGAGAGUGAAGAGCCCAAGAACAGGGGAGAAUCACACGCGCGCGCGCGCUUUCUCUCUCUGUGAUCUGGUCUUGAGCCUAUUUCCGGGCCCUGCGAGAGGAAUCUUCACAGAUUUCUUGUCCUCCACUCCCCUGGCGGCGCCGAUUUCUUCCUCCUCGCGAUCCUCCUCAUCUCCGCCAAUUCGAAUGGAAGAAAACUCCCCCAAAUACUCCACUCCAGGCCCGGUUUCGUUCCCAGCUCCAUCGGUGGUGAUCAUCGGCGCAGGCAUUGCCGGCAUUGCCGCGGCGCGGGCGCUCCAAGACCGCGGCAUCGAGGUAACGCUCCUGGAAUCCAGCGCCCGGAUUGGCGGGCGGAUCCACACCGACAAAAGCUCUCUUACCACCGCCGGCGGUACCGCGGUGCCCGUCGACAUGGGCGCGUCGUGGAUCCACGGCGCCACCCCGGGCCACAAUCCCAUCGCCACCGCGGCGCUGGACGUCCUUCAGCUCGCCACGCACCAGACCGCCGGGGAGGGAUCGCUGCUCUACGACCACGACGUGCAGCGCGGCUUCGCGCUCUACACCCGCGACGGCGUACGGAUACCACGCGACACGGUACGGCAGUUUGAGUCAUGGCUUAGGGCAGCCGUGGAGGCCGAGCGGCGCGACGCGCGGUACGAAUCCGACGCUAGCCUCGAGGACACGAUCAACAGAAUGGUGGCCGAGCACAAGCUCCAGGGCAGCGUCGACGAGGAGAUUCUGGGCUUCUACGUGUGCAGGAUAGAGGGCUGGUUUGCCGCCGAUUCGUCACGAAUCUCCCCGAAGAGCUGGAUCGAGGAAGAGUUUCACGAGGGCGGGCAUUUGCUGGUUUCCAAGGGCUACUCGCAGCUGGUCGAGUCCUUGGCCCGCGGCAUCGACAUCCGGCUAGAACACCGAGCUGUCCGGGUCACGCAGCAAAUGCCCUGUCUGGGCAUUUGCAGCAAACCCCACGUCCAGGUAUCAUGCAAGAAUGGGUUUGAGAUUCGUGCCGACGCGGCGAUCGUAGCGGUGCCACUGGGGAUCCUCCAAAGCAAUGUAAUCGAUUUCCAACCCGAGCUCCCCGAGUGGAAGCGCGAGGCCAUCUCAAGCCUCGAGGUCGGCCACCAGAACAAGAUCGCGCUGCUUUUCGAGUCGCUGUUUUGGGACGAGGACGCCGAGUUCCUGGGCUGCGCCACCGCCGCGCCGCGCGGCUGCAGCUACUUCCUCAGCCUCUACCCGACGCUACGCCGCGCGGUUCUCGUCUACAUGCCCGUUGGCGAGCUCUCCAGGCGCAUCGAGCGGAUGGGCGAUGAGGAAGCGACCGCUUUUGCCAUGGAGAAGGUGCGAGCGAUGCUCCCCGGGGCCCCGGACCCGGUGUCGUCGCUCAUCUCGAGGUGGUCGCUGGACGAGAACUUCCUGUGCUGCUACAGCAACGAUCCGUCCCCAAACGGGUCGGAUCUCUUCGAGAGGAUGGCGAUGCCGGCGUCGGAGCUGCUCUACUUUGCUGGCGAGGCGAGCAGCCCCGACUUCUCGGGGACGGUGCACGGCGCGUACGAGAGCGGCGUCGCGGCGGCCGAGCAAAUAGUGGAGUCCCUGUCGAGGAGGCGGAGGAGCCAGCGGCCGGAGGAACAGCAGCCGCCACCAUCACUGCCGCUGGCAUCAUUGAAAAGCGGCGGCUUGAGUCGGCCAGUUGUCUCUAGCUGCAACUUUGCUGCCCAUCUCCUGUCCCUGGACGCUGCAAACGCUACAUUGACACAGGUGAUGCAUUGACUUUGGAAAGAAAACGUUAAGAAGAUAAUUGAAAAGCAAGCACCUCUCUUGACAACUCCAAAUCAGAAAUGAAUACCUGUCGAGCUUUUUCUACUU